ACACAAUUACGAAGCUUUUUGUUUCCUGUUUCUACUCCCUCGGAAUUUCAUGUACUUUCAAAUUUUUUUAAAUUAUGUUUUGAUAUUAAGUUUUAAUCACGUAUAUCAAGUAUGAUGUCAUAUUACUUGCCAGAAAAAGUUAUUUCGUUUGUAAAGUGUUUUUAUGUAGGAAAAUUAGCUUUAGGAUCAGUUGAUAUUGUGGUCUGUAUGGAUAAUGGCUAUGUUGUGGAAUAUGCUGGAUUCAAAAUAAAAAGGAAAUGUGAAACUAGGUGCUACAAUGCCGACUCAAUUGUACCUUUCUCGGCGUACGAGCCUAACCGUAACUUUUACGUCAUUAAGGCCCCAAAUUCAAUUGUUGUUGUGCUUAGAGAAGACAAAUUAAAGGUGUUGGAGACGUACAGUACUGUGCAGAAGUACUGUAUCCGUGAUUUUUCCGGCAAAGGGUUUCCGAUGGUCGGGAUUUGGACAAAGUCUUCACAAAAUCCGGACAUAAUUACAAACUUUGUAGACAAAACUGAAAUCCCAGAAAGAGAAAAAACAAUUGCGCUUUCAGGAUUUCUAUUCGAUAAGUUACAGGAAAUACGUAAAAUAACGAGAGAGUAUGAACUUAAACUUGCUGAAAGACAAGAACUGAGAGAGAGAUGCACUCGUAAUCUAGAAGAAACCAUAAUGAAAAAGUUACACUCAGAAAUGCAGGAGGGUGCCACUUCUGAUCAAAAAUUAUCACAGUUGUAUGUAGCUAAACAUUGGCAGAGAAUACACAACAACAAGUGGGUUCUUGGGACAACCGUUACGAACAGCAGUAGCAGAAAUGUGUCAGCCAUCAACAUGCUGCUGAGCUGUGACGAUGAGCCCAACCUCUGCUACUGCACUCGUGUUGUGCAGUUCCAGAAAGCUACCCAAUGGACGAGUGUAGAGUCACUCCUGGCCAAUACUACAGCACAUAUCUUAACAAUCCUUGAGGUGCCUUGCUUUAAGAACACCAUGGUGGAGAUAUCUGCUACAAUCACUUGUAAAGUAGAAAGUGAUACUGCAAAAGAGUUGCAGCUUCAUGUCCCACCUUUCCAAUUGAAGGUUCAAGAUGCUGUUAACAACUGGAACACUACAUUCACUUCACAUGAAGAUCCUGAAGAUGUUCUGUCAGUGCUAGCUGCCAGUGAAAAGGUUACAUUGACCGCAAGGUGGCAGCGUCCCGAACUACAGCUGGAAAAAAUUCUUGCCAUGAACAUGCACUUUGAUGAUUACGUUGGGUUGGGCUGUUUCUACAACUCGGGGAAAGAAACACCUGGCCUUGCUGGGUUGAUGGUCGAGAUAGCUCAUCGGGCUGGCAGUGAUUUUAUCAUCAAUGUGUACUCUAGGAACACCCAGCAGCUCUACCUGUUUGUCAGCAUGUUUUACGACGCGGUGCCGCUGGACACAGUAGCGUUCCUGCUCGCAGACGACCGGAGGGUGGACUGUGAUAGGCUGAGAGAGGCCUUUAGGGAGGAGCUCGUGCUCGUGAGAGGUCUGUUGCCCGACGACGCCAUGGCCUGCGACAGCGACGAUGUAGUCGUCGGUUGUGAGAAGUACGCUUCCUUCAGAGAGCACUUCUCCCAUCUCGAGCUCACCACAGACAUGCUGGCGAGCGGAAACCACCAACCCAUAGCGUAGUUACAGCAGUACGUAUUUUGUGUUGUUUAUUUCAUAAAACAUUUGUGAGAAAUGCCACUGUUCCCUCUACGUUCCCUCUACGUUAAGGGAAAAGAAAUCAAAAUUGAAAGGCGACAUCUGGGAUUCAGAAUUUUUUAGGUCAUAACUUUUGUCAAUUUGGUUUCAUUAAAGAAUAACAUGUUAGGUAUCAAAUUGUGUGAAAUAGAAAGGAAUCAAGCAUAUUGAUUGGCUGCAUUGAAUAUUUCACUACUCUCAAAUAAUUGUUGUACAGUUUCAUUUUCAGUUUUAAGGAUAACUAACACUGUAGUAAUUCUGUAGUUUCAGGAUAAGAAUUAUUUUUUAAAAAUAAUAAAUAUUAAAAAAUUGUUAGGACCCAGCAAGUUCAGUUUUGAAUUAAUGCAAAUUAAUGCAAAUUAAUGCAAAUUAGAAAAUGAAGUGGCCAUUUCUUUGAGAAGGGAGUGUACUUAGUUAAAUUGAAACCAAAUGUCGGUAAUAAACAGUGAGACACUCAAAUUAAAGAGAGGUUUGUAGUAUGGCAGUGUGGAAGCUUACUGUCACCUCAAUCUAACUGAUAUUUUCACAUUCAUUAUUCUCAACAUAAAACACUUAUGUAGCUGUAUUUUAUUUUUAAAAAGUAUUUGAAUAAUUGUUUAAAAUGUUGUACUUUCAUCCAUCUAAAACUAAAUAUUAUCUUAAAUGUUGUGGUGUUGCAAAGGCCAUGCCUCCCACUUCUUUUUGGAAUAUUUUAUGUAGUUAAUACAUUUAAUUGACUGGUGUUAAGAUUUGAUAAAUGAUAGUGGUAGCUGAAUUUUGAUAUAUAGAUGUGUUUAAAAUUACUGUAAAGGAUUUUACUACCCAUAGGUUUCUUUUUAUUGAAAUCUGGAUACAUUUAAAAAAAUUUUUUUACAUGUUUCGAUAAAAACCUUUAAAAGUAUUUUUACUUAUCUCAGCAUUUAGACUAGGUUAAGAAAUAGUUUAAUGUAAUUUUAUAGUAUUUUUAAUGGUAUUUUAUUUGAUAUUGGUUUUAGUGUUAUUAUUCGUAUUGCAUGGGAGUUGUUAAGAGAGGCAGGUGAUGCCCUGAGGUCCAAGAAAUAAACAUGAUCGGGUGUUCCUUUCUAGAGUGGGAACUCAAGGACAAAUAUAUCAUGGUGAAGUGAACUUGGUAAUGGAUUAUAAUGAGUCAGAGAAGGAAUGGUCCCCAAUUAUAUGUAUGUAAAAAUUGUUUCAUGUAUUUUAACUGUUGCCUUGAUAUGCUGUUUUUUUUAAGAAUCUUUAAAGCUUGUAUGUGAUUGAUUUUUGGGGACAUGUGACUUCCACCCUCAUUUGUGGAUGGUCAUCCAGUAAUCAUUCUCUUUUCAUGAUACUGAAAGUUGUGCGGGGUGGCAGUUCUCAAAAAUUAAUAGUAUAUAAUGUAAAAUUUCACUGCCAUAGUCUGAGCUACGUUGAUCUUAAUUUUUUUUUUGGAACAUUUUAAUUAGAAUUUGUUGACCACAUUUUUAUGCAAAAGCCUACAUCGAGGCAAACUUGAGUUUUUUUGCUGAGAAACCUCUGGAAGUAUUUUCCGUAAUCUAUAACUUUUUUCCAUCAGACUUUCAGUAACAUUUAAAAUUAAAUUGUUUUAUUUGUGAUAAACUUGUUAUAGGGCUUGUGAUAGACGUGUAAUAGUUUCUGGGUCAGAUAAUGGCCGCUAUCUUGCUUUGUGAAUCUUUGGUCCGGAAAAAUAAAAAACUGUAUAAAUCAAGUUAAUGUUGUGAAGAGAAUUUCUUUCUUUCAAAAAUCAUAGAGAGUAACUUUUCAUGGAACUGAACCGUAUUGUCGGUGUCCAGCAAAUUUCUCCAAGUUUAUGUAACGGUCAGACCAUAAAGCUAGCUGGGAGGUCUGAUUUGUGAUAACGUAUUCAAUGAUAUAAAUUUUGAUUAUUGACUUUAUCCACUUAUAUCUGUUCCCACCUCUCCAUGUUGUGGUCAGUGGCCAUGCCCCUAUAUAUUUUUAUUCUCUGCUCAUAUUUUAAAUCAUUUUAAUUAAUAAAUUUUUAUAUCUCUUAUUACUAAUUUAUGCAAUCAGCUUUAGUAUAUUUAGAUUAUUAUUCUUAUUCUUCUUCUUCUUCUUCUUCUUCUUCUUCUUCUUCUUCUUGUUUUAAAGGCAGUCUUAAUUGUAAUAAUUUGUUUUCAUUCAUUAAUAAUUAUUUAAUUAAUUAGAUCCUUCAAGUUUAAAGGUGUUGCAUAUUAGUAUAAAAUAAAAAGCAUUUUUAGGGUAUUGAGCCAACCGAGCUUUGAAAUCGCAUCCAGUCGGUCUACGUCGAGGUUGAAAAACUGUUUCAUGGUCUGGACACGAGAGUGCGGGUAUGGCCGUGAUGUCAGGACUGCAGAUGACUGUGAGUGGUCGAAGUGGUGUGUGCUGCGUGCAGCGAGCGGAGUGUUGUGGUGACCACCGCGAAGGGGGGUCUGGCUUUGAGUGCCACUGGGGUUGAUGGCGGCGACUGGACUAGUGCGACGAUGACGGAACUUAAGCUGUCGCCCGAUAGGGCUAAAAUACCUGCAGGACCUGCACUGUGACCAACAAUAAGUCAACCCAAUCCACCUUAAUAUUUCUGGUGAAGGAAUCAGGAAUUCCUAAUCCUCUAUGGCCAUCAUUUAAAGCAUGAAAAACAUUUUUGCAAUUUCAGCAGUUUUAGCCGUGGAUAUUUUUAGUCAGCCCAGUCUCGUCAAAUUGGUUUGGCCUCAAGGGUAAUUUGUAGUUUGUGCUAGAAAUUGCAGUAUUACCAAUUUUACGUAUAGUCAGUCCUGCAAGAGUGAAUGCUAAUAUCCUUUAGUUGGCAGAACACUUUGUUUGGAAUUGGGCCACAAUUUUAUUCAAUUUUCAUUGAACUUGGCUAAUAUGUUUUACCUUAAGUUGUAUAAUUUAGCCAGAUUUGAAUUGGCAUCACAAACACAGUUGUGUCAAUGAAUUUUGCAUCAGUAUUAGACUUUGGUAAUUUUCAAAGACUAUUAAAAAUACUUUGUUGUUUUAAUAGAACUGUAAUUAUUAAUCAUUUUAAUAUUUAUGCAUUUUUGGGUACUCACUAUUUAUGUGGAAUAGUUUAAUUAAAUUUUGCUGACUUCCUUUUAGAUUUUAAGCGUAAUUUGAAUUUCACUGUCUUAUCUUUUAGUGUAUUAUUUGAACAUACAUAUUUUUGAUUUUGGCAUUAACACUGUUUACAUAACCAGGUUACCGCAUCGUCUGUGUUAAAAGGGUUUGUUAUGUCAUCUGUAACUGCAUGUUUGUUUAUUAAACAUGCUAAGAACUUUAUUAAAUUCAUGUAGCCUAUAUUAUUUAUGGUAAUUGCUAACCCAAUUCAAUACUUCUGAAUACCGGUUAGCCUCUGCUAAUAAGAUUUGGUUUGCGUCGUUCUCUAGUGUUAGAGUAUUGGGCUUGGUAAAUUCAUGUAUAAAUUGGAGAUUUUACCAUUUGGCACACUAGCAAGAGAAAAAUGGAGUUGUUCGCCUUUGCUGGUAAAGUAAUAGACCAGCAGGGGUGUAACAACUUUGCCAGCAUUUGGAGCCCUACCUAACUUAUAAUCCUAGUCAUCCUAGCAAUAAAAUAGUAAAUUUUUGCCAGCUAUCUCCCUCUAUAUGGUAAUAAAAUCUCAUGUGUACAUGGCUUUCAUGCGUGAUAGAAGUGAAAUUAAACUUACAGUACAAUUACAAGUUUUGUUUAAGUUCUGUGUUUUCAAAUUGAUUUAAAACUGAAAAUUAAGUAUCUUGUAUUUUAAGAGGCUUCAGUUUAAUGUGUGUAUAUAAUGUGCAAUUGCUGUAUCUGCAGACACAAGGCCUUGCCUCGCACAAAAGCAAGUGGAACAAAAAUGGUGUCAAUUAGCAAUACCUUUUCAUCAUGCUCUUCCUGAUCAUAACACUUUCCUUAAUGCUCUGAGCACUAUGCUAUUUUGGUUAUGCUGCUUUUUGUUUAGCUGUAAUGUCAUCUCCUCUUCUCAUACCAGCUGUAAAGUAGUUUUAAUUCAAAAAUUUUUUUUAGUGAAUUGCAUUUAACCGUGUUUUCAAACUAGGAAGCACAUACUAUGGCUUUGUAUUACCUUUUUUGAAUACAGUACAUUUUCUUGCAAAUUAGAAAAUAAACUGUGAAAUAAAUGUUGAAAUCAUUGUAUGUCCAUCAAUAAAUAGCCUGCUUGAAAAAAAAAUCUGCUGUGGUAUUAAACUUUUUCUGAGUUGUAAAUGAAGGCAUUUCCAUUUCAGUCAUAAAAAUGCUACAAUAUUGUAUUUUAUGUGAUUUUGUUUUUCCAUUGUCAAUAUUAUGUAUGUACUGAAAACUUAUUACAUGAUUUAUCAAACAUGCUUGAUAAAUAUGAUGUACAUUUUUUAAUAAUCUAUUUUGCAGUUUAGUUAGAAUUAUGAUUUUAAAAAAAGCAUCAUACUUGUAAAAAUAUGAUGGAGGUAUUUGACAACUGGUUUUAAUCUGUUGUGUUAUCCCAAUAUAUAUUUUUGUGUCCUAAGUUGGCAAAUCAUUUUCAAUUUUUAAAUAAUAAUGUUAUUCCAGGAAUUCAUUUUUCUUUUCUUCUCCCCCACUCUCCUCCCUCCCAGCUCUCUCUCCCCCCUCCCAACUCUCUCUCCCCCUUUUCUUACAUCUGUGUCAGUCAGUUCUAACCAGUUGUAUUACCUUGCACUGGAUAUUUAGUGUGCCUAGGAUUAUUUGUGUGUUUUUGCUUGCAAUUAUAUCUUGUUAAGCCAUUAUCAUGUAUUUUGUGUUCUAAAGUGUCUCUCACUCUUACUUUGCAGACAAAGUAAAUGGUGCCCACUAUUGUCAGACUGACACCAACUGGCUUGUUAACAUUUAAAAUAUUACUUUGUACGCCAUCAUUAAUUAUAAUAAUUUAUUAAGA